AUGCAGGAGUUCUCGGAGUGGACGUGGGCGGACAUGGCACGCCACGACCUGCCAGCACAGAUGUGUGUCACGCAGCUGGCUCUCAGCCCAUGCAGUGGCACUCUGUGCACUCCCUCCUUCAUUCCAUGCGUGCAGGAGUUCUGGGAGUGGACGUGGGCGGACAUGGCACGCCACGACUUGCCAGCACAGUUGAACCACAUUCUGAAAGCCUCUCACACAGGAGCGAGGCAGGUGUUCAACGUGGGGCACUCUCAGGGCACCCUCACCCUCCUCUCAGCCCUCGCUGCAGGCUACCUUCCCUCUUCCACCAUCGCUGCAGCCUUCCUCCUCGCGCCUGUCACCUCCCUCGCACACCUCUCCUCGCCCAUCGCUCACGAGGCAGCCAAGCUCGACUUAGACCGGCUGGUGAGGGCAACGCGCCUACACGAGUUCAGCCUGCACAAUGCGUUGGGCAAGCUGGUGGUUGCCACCGCCUGCGCCUCUCCUCGCAUCAACUGCUCCUCCCUUCUCUCCGCAUUCACAGGCCCCAACUGCUGCAUUGACAUCCGGUACUUUGCCAAGCUUGUUCCAUGGUUCCCUCUCGCGUCGUCCGUUAAGAACAUGGCUCACUUCGGCCAGA